CGUAGUUUUAUACAAGGCUUCAUUUUGCACCAGGAGGCAAUCUAGCAUAUGUCGCCUCACCUAAACAUCAAAAGGAUGCUCUCAGUCUUGAUUGGCCUUCCUUUUCUUCUCGUUGUUGGUGCUAGCUUCUUUGAAAAAGACAUGCAUAAAAUUGGACAGCAAGUAUACAAAUUUAUCGCAUUUCCAACUCCACCGCCUAUUCCAAAAUAUGAGAUGCCAAAAAGGACUGCACGAGGUCCUUUUUCGAAACGCGCACUGUCGCGCGAUGACCCAUGGUUUACACCGGAAGAGACUAUUAUCUUAGGGCCACCUCUAAAGCUUCCAUUCUCGAGCUUUGAUAGAAGCAAACUGAUAAAAAUGACAAAAUGGUGACGGAUUACAGAGAAACGCUGGAAGUUGGUUCAAAAUAAUAAAUUUUUUGUAUUGGG